CUAACUGGUGCGCACCAGAUACUAACUGGUGCGCACCAGAAACUAACUGGUGCGCACCAGAUACUAAUUGGUGCGCACCAGAAAGUAUAUCAUGCGCACCAGAUACUAACUGGUGAGCAGCAGUUAGUGCUUCCUGUGGCGACGGUACUUGGAUUUGGCUCAGGUGACAGAAUGGCAUCAGAAAUGGAUUUAUUGUCUUUCCUGAAAAUACGAAAUAUACCUGACAACAUCAUCAACAAACUAAAAGACGAUAAGAUCGACAUCAGCAUCAUAGAGGUUAUGACUGAUGAGGAGUUAGGACAGUACAUCGUAAGAUAUGGGGACCGACUUGCACUCAGAGCAUUUUGUCGACAAAGAACUGUGGCAAACAAAAUGUCAGCUGAGGCAACAGUGAAGUUCGAUCUUAUGCAGAAAGUAAGAGACAGAUUAGGGGAACAGCGGAAAACUUUUAGCAGUGACAAAGGCCACGGUGCUGGAAAUAAAUACGCAGCCAAAGACACGCGCCGAGUUGAAAUCGGAUGGCUUCACUUUCAUAACGGCACUUAUCAUCAGGUCAGAACAAAAAAUGGAGGUGGCACACGGCACCUAUCUGUUCAGAAAACAGUGACUAUGGGUGACCUACUGGAGAUUGGCAAAGGCUUGUUUUUUCCAAAUGGACAAUCAGCCAAAGGAUCGGUGGAAGACUUCGAGUUUGAUAUUCGUGAUUUUAGUCACAACCCAGUAUCCCCCGAAGCCACAGUGAGCCAGCUGUACGAGCAGAGUAAACUACGACUACUGCGCAUCUACACAAGCUCCCAGGCAAAAAACGUCUCAGUGAUUCUUUCUGAUUCGUCAUCAGACUUCGAGUCCGCAGAUAAGAGGCCAAUGAAGAUUAGGACAAUGCCGAGACAAUCCUUGAGGAAAAAAAACAGAAAUCACUGGAAGACUGGUACCGAUCAUCAAGUGGAUCAUCCAGAGAGAUCCUCUGAUUCAGAGCCAGCACCCAAUGGAUCAAUGCAGGAAUACCAUGAAAGAAGAGGAAACCCAAGCAGGCAAUCAAGACCAGCCCCUGCUGAGAUGAGUAAUGUUGAGAUCCUGCAUCCACCACCAUCUGAUGAUGAUGAUGAUGACAAUCAUAUUUGUCAGUCAACAACCAGGAAUGGAUCUGAAGAUGAGUGUUUAAUGCCUGUGUCAAAUCAAGAUGCAGACCAGUUGUUAAAUGAUAAGUUGGAUCCUCCUUUUGCCCUUGCCAUCCAAGCACCUCUUGAAGACUAUGAAAUACACUUUGGACCUGUUUAUGGUGAUAAUAGUGAUGAUCAAGACUUGACCCUUCCCUGGAAUCCACAUGACUUGAACAGUAUGCAGCAUUCCACACUGAAUGACGGACAUGUAACAUCAAACGACCUUCCAGGAUCAAAACAAUUUGAAAAAGAACUCCUCUCUGUAAAAUUAAGACGAGUAAACAUAGUUGACGAUCUCCUUAAUGUCUUCAUGGAACCCAAAGUAUUGAAUGUUGAUCUAAAAAUUGAGUUCACAAAUGAGAAAGCUGUGGACAGUCAAGGUGUGUCCAGAGAAGCAUACUCUGCGUUCUGGGAACAUUUCUUGGAACAGUGUGAGGGAGAAGAUGAACGAGUACCUAGAUUACGACCAGACUAUUCUGAGAAGGAAUGGCAAGCUGUCGGAAGAGUGUGGUUGAAAGGAUACAUGGACCACAACAUCAUACCAAUCAGACUCUCACCAGCAUUUGUUCUUGCCUGUUGUCACGGAGUUAGUUCAGUGGAUGAAGAACUCUUGAUGAUGUCAUUUGCCAACUUUCUUUCAGUGGAUGAGCGAGCAUCAGUUGCAAAAGCAUUAGAGGGUAGCAUGGACGAAACUGCUGAGGAGGAUUUACUUGAAGUUUUCUCAAGGAUGGGCUCACACUGCCUGCCCUCUAAAGACAACUUAAGGGCUGCCAUCCUAACAAUGGCACACAAAGCUCUUCUUCAAGAGCCAAAGUUCAUAAUUGACUGUUUCUACUCCAGUAUUCACAAUGCUGUGCCAACGCUCAUAACCAAAGACAGCAUUAUGGAACUUUAUGAAUCUAAGAGGCCAACUAACAAGAAAGUGGCCCAGAUGAUAAAGCCAUCAAGUGAAAACCUAAAUCCACAAGAGCAGACAGCUCUUAACCACCUGUUACGAUAUGUGAGAAGCGUCGACCAAAGAAAACUGGAGAUAUUCUUACGCUUCUGCACAGGGUCCACUGUGCUGUGCAAAGACACAAUCGAAGUAACUUUUAAUAGAUUGUGUGGUUUAAGUCGCAGACCUGUAGCACACACAUGUGGAGCAGUUCUUGAGUUGCCAUGCACAUACAGCUCGUACCCUGAGCUUCGUAAAGAGCUUGACAAUGUCCUAUCUGGCGACUGUUUCGCCAUGGAUAUUGUGUAGUGAAUGUAAGGGAUCUUGCACAUUUACCUUUCCUAUUGAUAUUUUUAUGUCAAUAGGACAUAAAAAUUCCCUAUUAAAAACUAUAUUCUUAGUUGUUCAACAAAUCCUAAUUAAUUUCUUGUUUGGUUAUAUAGCCCGAUCUUACGAAAUUUGAAACAAGAAAGGUUUUUGGCAUUUUCUUACUGUAGAUUUUUUUGCAGUAAUAUUUGUCAGCAUUCUAUCUUUGACACUUUGUUAAAGUUCAACAGACAGUGUACGUUAACCAUUCUGAUAAGUCAGAAAGAUCUGUUCUCAUAGGUAAACAUCCCUUUUUCAGUCAUGUACCAUUUUCAUAUGCAUGUUUUAUGCAAUUGUUAUUCAGAAAGAAGUUCAUGUCAGUGUUCAACAAAAUAUGUUUGCACAUACCGCUUCCAAUGGCUGUUCAUGGCUGUUUUUGCCUCAUAUGGGCAACAUACUAAUAACUGUUAAGAGCAAAAUAUUUUCAAAUAAAAAUUGAAUUUAUCAUUCAUAUUCUGCCAUGUUGAUUUACUUUAUUGUGGUUGGGUUUAUUUGUUUCCUGUUCAUGACUGAUGUAAAGGCAAAGUAAAACCUCUAUGCUGUACUGUACAACUAAUUUAGGUGUCUUAAUUCUUUUAAAAAAUUAGAAGAGCUAAUACUCUGUAAUUCCUCAAACAUAGGUACAAAUACAAUUCUUGACAAGCAACCACUUGAAGAUUCAACUGCCCCACAACAAUGUUGCAAGUGUUCUUAAUAUCUGUCCCAUAGCACUGUUAUAGAGCAGUCAAUGUGCACACAGCAACAGAUCAAUCCUUUCUCUAAAGGAAAAUUAUCCAAAGUUAGGUUCCUACAAAACUUAACUAAGAAUGUUUGGUAAAUAAAACAUAGUGGUG